AUUCAUCAUCAUUGAUUGUAAUUUGUAGUUGUAAAUGUAGUCUUAUUUUGCAAUUUGUGGUGUUGCUCAAAAUGGAUCAGGGAGAGUCAGAAAAAAUCAUGGUGAAAUAUCAAAAGAUGGUUAAAUUUAGAAACAUAAAUCAAUCCAUCAGCAACGUACAAUUAAGAAGAGGAAUAUAUAGAUAGAAUGAAGUUAGUGGGUAUACUACUAAGUCUCAUUUACUGGUUCAAUCUAGUCCAUGCAUUCAAACCAUAUAAACAGAAUAAAGAUCAUGAUGUGAUAUUCUUUGAUAAGAAAGAUUUAUUCAUUAAUGACUUUCAAAAUCAUGAGAAAACCACCGUGAAUGGUCCAACUGUGGCCUUAACUGAAAUGCAUUCGGUUGCCAAUGUCAUUCAACCAAAUCAAGUUCAAUUCUAUACUUUCACACUUGAUACUAGUAUCCCACCUAUCCCAUCUAUUGGAGCUUAUUUUGUGUAUAUAUCAGGAAAUAUUUGUGUUGGACCUCAAGAUUCCUUUGAUAGUUUGACUGUUACAGUAUCAUUAAAUUCAAGUCUAUUAAGUCAAGAAAUUGAUUCAACUACAGGCAUAACUGAUUUUAUAGGAGGUUAUUUUUAUUAUUUCGUUGAUAUUACAGCAGAAGAUAUUCAAACUAAUGAUUUAACUGUUUAUAUUGGAGUUACAGCUCCUGAGAAUAAUAAUCAAACAUUAACUUGGAAUUAUGAAAUUGCAGCAUCUCAACAAAAUUCAGUUUAUCAAUAUGAUGUUGAUACAUUUGUAACAGUUGUUGAUAGUGAUGAUGAUUCUACUUUGAUUGUAACUAAUAAUUUAACUUAUGCAUCUGGAUUUAAUGUUUCCAAUGCAGAUCCUAAUGAUGCAUAUAGCUUAUACAUUUAUGAAUAUUCUAUGUUGGAUUAUUUUCAAAAUAUGACAAGAAGUUGGUGUUCGAUUAGAAAUGGUCCAUAUUUAACCAAUAUAACGAUUCAAAGUGAUUUUAUAUCCCAUUAUAGUGAUGGUACUUUACAACAACAGUUUUAUAUCAGUGGAUUGACGAAAGGUACCCAAUAUGUCGGCUAUUUAACUUAUGAUUUCGGUCAAGUUAAUAGUACUGGUGGUAGUAAUUCAGGAGGGAUUAUUUAUGAACAAUUUCAAUUCGAAACUUUAUCAACUCAAGCUUGUGAAAUCAUCUUUGGUUUGAGUUUUUGUGAUAAAGUCGCAUACGCUGUACCUCAAUCAAGUAGUAAUAGUUCAAGAGAAUUAUUAAUGGCAACUUAUGAUAAUUAUACGGAAGAUUUAUUUCAAAACUUCACUUAUGCAUUACAACAAAUCCCUUGUGAUACGAUUGAAAAUGCCAUAUUCUCACCUAUAACAUCCUGUGCGAAUUGUUCAUCAAGUUAUAAAGAUUGGUUAUGUUCAGUAACCAUCCCUCGAUGUUCAAGUCGAAAUAUUACGGGAUAUAAAUAUCGUGAUAUAGGCCAAUCACGUAAUGAUCUCCUUAAUAAUGUGAUUCAACCCCAAGAACCUUAUUUCGAAGUAUUACCCUGUAUCGAUGUUUGUCAAAGUAUGGUAAGGAAUUGUCCUGUUGAUUUUGGAUUUCAGUGUCCCAUUACUAAUGCUUCUAUUGCAUUAUCGUAUUAUUGGACAGUUCCAAAUUCUGAAUAUCCAACUUGUAAUUAUAUGGGUGAUGUAGUAGAAAUAGAAAAUAGUUCAUCGUUGAAGCUGGUCAACUUGACAUUCCUAAUGGUUAUAAAUAUGAUAUUAAUGGUGUGGUUAAUCUAGGUAAGUAGUGUAUACCAUUUAAUAUAUAUAUACUAAUAUUUGUUUAUAUACUGCGGUAUGGAUGGUUCUAUAAUUCUGUCUGUUUCAGUUUUUAUGUAACGCGUCUACAAAUUUUAAAUUUAUCACCAAAGAGUCUAGAUCAGAUCAAAGGAUCAAGAAUUAAGUAGCAACUGAAAGGUUUCCAUCAAUUGCAAUGACUGAUAAGAGGAAGGAUAACUUACCAUGGUAUGUAUAACAAUUGUAUUUUCCAA